GGCAAGAAUUCAUGGCUGGCCAAACACUUAUGUGUUUACAAAGGCAAUGGGAGAAAUGCUGCUGGGGCACACGAGAGGAGACCUUCCCCUUGUUAUUAUACGCCCAACAAUAAUAACAAGUAUUUAUAAAGACCCACUACCAGGUUGGAUGGAAGGUGCCAGAACAAUUGACAGCAUAAUAAUUGGUUAUGCAAAGGGAAAUAUCUCCUCUUUUCUUGGUGAUCCUCAGAUGUCUAUGGAUUUAAUACCUGGAGACAUGGUGGUGAAUGCCAUGAUAGCUUCAAUGGCUGCACACACCAAUCAGAACUCUCAGUUCAUAUAUCACGUGAGCUCAUCUGUAAGAAAUCCUGUGAAGUACUCCACACUGCUUGAAUCUGGACAUCAAUAUUUUCAGAAUAAUCCUCGAACCACGAGCGACGGGAAGCCCAUGAAGAUGACGGCGAUGCACGUCAUGAAGACCAUGACAGAUUUCAAACGAUACAUGUUCCUUCGAUAUCGGUUGCCAUUAGAGGGAUUUCGCUU